AUGAAGCUGACUCGAUCCCUCGCUGGGCAGGUCCCUAUGCCAGGACCCUCUUCUCCUCAAGCUCGCCGCACUGCCAAACAACCGGCCACUCCGUCCAAACUCAAGCCUGCCGAUAGCAAACCCAGCGCCAAACAGCUCGGCCUAGGAAGUUCCAAUGGGGCGCAAAACUCGGCAAGCGUACAGGACAAGAUUCGCACAUGGCAAACGCAUGGCGGAGGAGUAGUGACCUCUGACGAUGGGACCGUCGUCACCGAGGAACCCGCUGCGGAUCGACCGCCGACGGGCGAGGCGCAACCACCAGGCAACCAAGGCGAGGAGUUGGUCGUCGAAGUCAUAUACGAAGAUUCCACAAUAGUGUCGAAGUCCGAUGACGCGCAAGACUCGGCGCCCGAGCAGAAAUGUGCUCCUUCACCGCGCAAGAUCAAACAUAACGAGCUGGAUGAGGAUGUACGCGCUGCCAGUGCGCCGAAGAAAAGAGUCGUCAGCGAUGAGCACUGGAAAAAAGCGAGGUCGCCGCAGGCGAACACGACUCCAAAGACUGGAAAGCCAACGGGAUGGGUGCGGCCCGCAGUGAAACCUGUCUCUCGCUCUCCGCCCAAGGCGACGGUAAAAGCUGAGACAUCGCCGAAGAAGAAGUUGGAACCCAACCCACAGAUCCUGGCCUAUCUUGCGGGCGUGCCGCGAAGGAAAUCCAUACCAGAUGGCGGAGAAGAGAUCCCUCCAGCUCGUCGAGGCUCAGAUAGCGGAACGACAGAAAAGAGCGAAGAGGGUCCGCAAAUACCACUCGACAGCUCGCACAAGAGGAGAAGACGACGGAGAAAGUCUGGACACUCCAACGGAAGAGACGAAUACUCAAGGGCCCAGGAGUACUCUGAUGAUGAGAUUGCAGCGAGACAUGCGGAGGACUUUCCCCAGUCAACACCCUCACCCGCUUCAUCACGGAAGGAAGGCUCUGGGCGUAGGCGCAAGAGACGGAGUCGAGACAAGUCACCUGGAUCCGAUCUAUCCGCGGAAGAUUACUCACCGAUUGAAAGAAGACGAAGCCGAAGGGCAUACUACAGCGACGAUGAGGGCCCAGCAGGGAACCGGCGCGAAAGCGAGAGGUCACCCAUUGAGCGAAGAAGGAGUCGAAAGGCUUAUCACAGCGGAGAUGAGGGUCAACCGCACAAGUGGCGCGACAGAGAACGCCGGACCAGUCCAGAAAGACCCGAGAGAGACCGCAUACCGAAAGAAAGACGGUCUAGGCGACAUGUCGAUGACUUACUAGAGGGUCCAGCGCCAAUUGCAUCGAAAACACGGUCAGUAGAAGAGGCCCGCACCAAGCGCAGACUGUCAAAGCCUCCGCCUGCGGAGCUCGAGCAUGUCCCUGUAUCAGUUGAACCGCCCCAAGCGACGCCACCGAAGGUCUUUGGAAGUAGAGUAGAGGCCUGGCUCGGAAGCACUCCCGAUCCUUUCGUCGAACGUCAGAGGAAUACCCGGAGACGCUCCUCCAGUCCACGCUCAGAAGUCAUGGAGAGCCAGGUUCAAUCGGAGCGCAGAAGCUUCGACGACACCGUUACGACGUCUAGCUUUAUGGGAGCCGACUCACAUCUGCCACGACAUGGUAGCAGGAAGCGAGCGGAGAUCCAAAGCAACAACUCGCCCGUCCGACUUCGUUCGAUAGCUGGUUCUGGAUCUGUCGGAACAUCAGGUUAUACCGAAGUUUCUGGGCCGUCGAGAGUCUCGUAUGAGCCUUCCGCUACCAGUAUCUCUAGCAUCCCGGUUCUGAAGCCGAGUACUCCGAAGCGCGACACCAAGCCUCCAACGAAGCGUACACCAAGGGCAUCGCCGCUUCGAAACGAAACACUAGGAGACGAUGGUAUCUCAUUUGCCACUACCUCGUCCGUUGAUCCCUCUACUGUCGACUUACCAAGCCCUUCCCUCCCCCUUCAGCCCAAACCAAACCAAACAAGGCGAAUGUUUCCGUCAACGGGAAAGCGACUAUCAACUAUAGCUUCGGUCGAGACAUUCAACACCCAAGCAAACGGUGCACCUUCUGUGAUCUCUGAAAGCUCAGCAGGGACGCUGCAACAGAGCACGGUACUCGAGGACGGAGCUGCUUCAGAGUCUGUAGUCACCCUAGAUGCAGAGUCUCAAGUAAGCAGGACAGGCCGAGUCAAAAGCCAGAAGCGCAAGCUAGCCACUCAUGCGGAUCUGAUAUCGGUACUGUCAAUAUCCAAGGGUGGCAGCAAGAGUAUCGUAUCAGCACGCAGUAUUCGAACAAAUAGGAGCAGGCUCGCCACAGCCACAGUUGAAGAUUUGAUGAACGAGCUUUUAUCCGAUGAGGCGAAAUACAUCCGCGAACUGCGCACUCUGGUUGAUGGCGUCAUCCCGGUGCUGCUGACAUGUGUAUUGUCAAAAUCAGACGCCGCCGUCGCAGCUGGCCUCUUUGGUCGUUCCGCUGCAAUGAAGAACGACCCUGGCGUUACCCAACCAAUCGUCGACAUGGGUAUUGCUCUUGAGCGGCUCAAGUCUCUGCACAAGCGCAUUCCGCAACAGGAUCCGCAAGCACUGCUUUCUUGGGCUCAAAGCGCGUCAAGAGGAUAUACUGACUACAUCAAAGCAUGGAGACUGGGCUUUCAGGACGUGGUAGUCAAUCUGGCACCCGCGACGGGUAAAGACUCGGCAUCCGUUGUGAAGACUGCGACGGGUGGAGAUGAUGCAGCAUGGGACGAAGGUAUGCCUAGAAAUGAGGAAGGUUACGUAGUGGACGCCGAUGGUGAGAGAGUUGACGUUGCCUUCCUGCUGAAACGCCCACUUGUACGUCUGAAGUACCUCGCGAAGACUUUCAAGGGCAUCCAUACUAUCAGACAAUCAGAGCAAGCUGAAGCGGCAGCCAUAAAGUUCCAGAACCUGGUCAUUGAUGCGCGAAAGAGAUCAAACGAAGAGAAGGCUAGGCUUGAAGAUGAAGCAGCUGCAAGCAUUGAUCCUAGCAGAGCGCGAGACCCCCGAAGCCUAGCUCCCAUGGCGGGUGUGACGAUAGACCCAUUGCGCUGCGUGCGCGCUCGAGAUUACUUCGAUCUGCACCUGCCUCAUUCCAGUGGCCAAAAGGUAGACUGCCGGGCCGAACUUUUACUGCGCGAUGAUGCUGCUGGACGUGGGAACAGUGGCGAUGUUCUCAUCUGCGAAGUCGACAAUACUGGCCGCUGGCUAUUGUUCCCUCCGGUUCAAAUCGGUCGCAUUUCUGCUCGGAGCGGUGACUCGUACAGCGAGAUUGUAGUGAUGAUCCGAGGCUAUCACUCGGGUGGGCAAGAAUGGCAAGAAUUGAUGACUCUAUGUACCGACGACGAGCAAGCUGGGCUCGAAUGGAUACAGAUGCUCGGACUAAAUCCUGUUCCACCAAAACUCCCGCUGGAGAGUUUCGCCGGUAAAGUUGAUGAGCCUACCAGCAGCCAUCGAUCUCCUCCGGUGAUGUCUGCAGCUACAGCGCCAGCGUUGCCAUUAAAGAGUAGAACACCCAGUCCGCGAGAGAUCGAAGUGCCAAUUGGUGAGCGGGCGAAGGGUACAUCAAAGCAAUGGGACGCUGAGGCCACCACUCAAAUGCAAAACGUGGCAUAUCCUGAACUCUCUACCUCUCCACCAAUUGUACCAACAAGCAGAGAGCGCAACAGACUACAGAAGAAGCCUAAGAGCGGCGCGGCCCCUCUAAGUUUGCCUGUCGAACCGGAUAGUAAACAGAGCGGCCAAUCAGCAUCGCUUUCACAUCCAGCGGUUGGCGAGGCGGAAAGGAAGUCGCAUGAAGUGCCAACUCCUCGGAGUCUCAACGAGGCCAUGAGCAUGGCAGGCAGCAGCCUUCCAUCUAAUCUCAAACGGACCAAGGCAAAGAGGUAUAGAGAAUCACCUCGCUCUCCAACUUCGCCGGCCCAGAUCAGGCAGCAGUACUUCGACCAAGAGCCAAUGAAGCCUGAGCUAAAGGAGCCCAUUAAGCCCAAGCAUGCCAGUACCCGUCCGCCAUUGUCGCCGACAUCUUCAUUUCUAUCCGACACCAGCCAGGGUUACAGCGUGUGGUUCCCACCAUCUGAGCAGGACGAUUUAAGCGCAUCGGAUGAAUCUGACAAAGAUCACCACAAGAGACGGUCUGUUCCAGUGCCACCUUCCCGGCCAGUUCUUCAUCGUCGAGCUUCAUCCGUUCCUUCGCUAGAUCUUCCAACGAUACCAAAAUUGCGGAAGUCAGGUCAGCCGGGUCAGACGCUUAACAACUCAGCCACCGUAGAUCAGCGUGCGGAUUCUGCACCUGUAACGCCAGUCAAGGAAGCCCCAAGCUCAGCCCCAGCGAGGUACCACAAGUUACAGAAGAGGUCUUCAGCACCACCAGAAGCAAAACCUGACGCACUUAAACAAGAGAUUCCUCCAUCUCCACCCCCUCACCGAUCUGCAAGUCCUGUACAACUCAAUGGCUCCACCACACCACAAUUCACUCCCAUCUCAUCCGCAAGAAAAGUUCGUCGCCGGUCUUCAUCACCACUAAAGCAUGAAUACGAGCCGUCCACCGCUACUGAAUCUACUAGCGAAAGUGAAGGAUUCGCAUCAGAGGACGAAGGCUCUAUCACUUCUGAGUCUUCUGACGACGGGAUCUACGAGAACCAGAGCACGCUCGGACCGUUGCCCCCACUUGAAGCCUUGUACAAGCUCCCAAGGGUGUCGCCUCCUGUAUCUAUUCCCAGCCUCCCCAGCGGCACCUUGUCGCCUUCACAGUCAGCGUCCCAAGCUCCGUAUCGCACCGUGCCCCAGAGCCGCGAGAAAGCAUCCACCGCCAUUGCAGAGAUUUUCUCGUGGUCUGAUAUGGGCAUGUGGGAAGACCUGCAUCCGGGUGAAUGUAGGAUCGUUAUCACGCCUGGCUUGAUCGAGGCGUAUGAGAUGAAUGCCUCUCUACCUAAUUCACCUAUAUCCGGUGACGGCAAAGCCCAGUCUAGCAGCUCCAACCGUCCCCUGGUCGCUCUCGAGCUCACUCCCCUCGUCCCCCUCCGUCGCGGCACAGCCCUCGACAUCUCCAUCCGCUCACCUCCAACCUCGAAAAGCAAAAUCCGCACAGGAAACAAUAUUAUGUUCCGCUCCCGCUCCCCCGAAGACUGCGAAGCCCUGUACGCCAUGAUCAACACCUCACGCAUCAACAACCCGACCUACAUGGCGCUGCAGAACGCGCGCGGCCCAUACGGCGAGAGCAGCUGGGCCGCCGCCAUGGACCGCCGCAACGCCUCGCGCCAUGACUCGAACGCCGGCGGCAGCACCGCGGGCGGCAGCUGGUGGCGCGGCUCACUAGGGCGCAGCAAGAGCUACCGCGCCACGAGCACGCGCGCGCCGAGCAUAUCUGUCCAGACCGACUCCUCUGUUGGUACGAUGGCGAGUGCGUUUUCAGCGCUGCGGAAAUUCAGCACCGGCCGCCGCACCUUCAGCAUCGCGCGGUCCACCAUCUCGUCGCGCGAGGGGAGCCGUAGCACUGCGAGCCUGGAAACCGGAUCAGGUGGCUCCGGCGGCUCCGGCGGCUCCGGCGGCUCCGGAACAAGCACGCCGGCGGACGGCAUCAUGGUCGGCGGUAUGGGCAUCUCGAAUGCGAAGAUCCGGCUCUAUGUGCGGGAGACGCAGUCCAAGUGGCGGGAUAUGGGCUCCGCGCGCUUGACGAUCACGCAUCCGAGCCAGCAGUCCAGGACGUCGGGCGCGGCUGUGCCGGGGUCGCCGGGGCAGGGACGAGGUAAUGAGAAGAGGAUUGUGGUGCUAGGUAAGACGAAGGGCGAGUGCUUGCUUGAUGUUACGUUGAGUGAGACUGCCUUUGAGCGCGUCGCGAGGACGGGGAUUGCGGUCUCGGUGUGGGAAGAUGUCAAGGGCCCGAAUGGUGAGAUUGGGACUGUGGGGGCUGUUGGGGGGGUUAGUGGGGCUAGAGCGAGGGUCUACAUGAUACAGCUGAAGAGUGAGCGGGAGGCUGCUUAUUCGUUCUCGCUGCUUGGGAAGCUCCGGUAUUGA